UUUCCAGCCCUAAUCGAACCCGGCCGGCCCAUCACUGUCAGAGCAGUUCAUCAUCAUCAUCACCAUAGAUCACUCCAAUCCUCCAUGGCUAAUUAUCCACCGCCUGCUCCACCUCCUCCUCCGCCCGAAGCUUCCAAGAAGCCGAUUCGGAUCCGCUCAGUGUGGUCGGCAAAUCUCGAGGCGGAAUUCGCCUUGAUUCGCCGCAUCCUCGACCGUUAUCCGUUCGUUUCGAUGGACACGGAGUUUCCCGGAGUGGUUUUCCGCCAUGACCUCCGGGACUGGAAGCCGGACGAGCAUUACGUGUAUCUCAAGUCUAAUGUUGACGCGCUGAAGCUUAUCCAGGUGGGGAUCACUCUUACUGAUGCCGCUGGGAACCUGCCUGACCUAGGCUCCCACUUCCGCUUCAUUUGGGAGUUUAACUUCUGUGACUUUGAUGUGGUGCGCGAUGAUCACGCUCCGGGAUCCAUAGAGCUCCUACGCCAUCAGGGCAUUGAUUUCGACCGGACUCGGGCUUUUGGCGCGCAUACCGCCCACUUUGCGGAGCUGAUGAUGUCAUCUGGUUUGGUGUGCAAUGAGGCCGUCACCUACAUCACCUUCCACAGCGGCUAUGACUUUGGAUAUCUGAUCAAGGCCUUAACGGGCCGAAACCUGCCAGGGGAGCUCCGGCAAUUCCUGGGAUUGCUUGGGCUCUUCUUUGGGAAGAGGGUGUAUGACGUGAAGCAUUUGAUGAAAUUCUGCAAGAGCCUUUAUGGUGGGCUGGACCGAGUGGCCUGCUCCCUUGAGGUUAACCGUGCGGUCGGGAAGCGCCACCAGGCUGGGUCUGAUAGUUUACUCACUUGGCAUUCUUUUCAGAAGAUCCGAAAGCUCUACUUUGACAACAAUGAGGCACUUACUGAGAAAUAUGCUGGCGUACUCUAUGGGUUAGAGGUCCUCUUGCCGCAGACUCUGUAGAUGUAGAGUCUCCGGUUCAAAUUUCCCUGAUAAUCUGUAAAACCAUUUCCUUUGUAUUAAAAGGAUAAAAGGAACUAGUUUAAUUGUUCUUCUUCUGCCCUUGAUUGGUCUUUCAUGUUUGUGAAUAAAGAACAAACAUGUAAUGGUUACCGAACCUGCAAAUUCCAACCAAAUCAAGGACUCUAGAGGAAGGUGAUCAAAACUAUGACACAAAGUUGCAGAAGUUUAAAAAUACUCCAAUGUCAUAGUACUUGUUAAAAUCUUGGGCCAGAACUUAAAUAUUGGAGGUAAUUUCUAAGCCACAACUUAAAUUUUCCAGGUAAUUUCUAAGGACCAAAUUUGAUGAUUAAUUUUAGUAACUUCCAGCCAAUACAUUUCAUAUUCAACAUACAUUUCAUCUUGUCUAAUACUCAUUCUAGAUUUCAUUUAUUUUAAUAUUUUCAGAAGUAGCAAAUCCUGCCGAACUUAGAUCUUUCUUGAUUUCCUUUAUUUAUAGAUGUAGGAUUCAGUACCUUCUAAAUUUAGUUUAUGCAAUGUGAACUCUAACUCUUAAGUAUUUCCUGAUUUAAAACCUGAUUUUUAAGUCUUUCUUGAUUUCCUUUAUUUUAAAUCCUGUUGAACUUAGUUUAAAUUUAGUUUAUUCAUUUAAAACCUGUUGAAAUAGUUCCUUCAAUUAAAAAUCACAAUUUUGGCAUCUAACGAAUAAAUUAAUGCUGAGUUCUAAGAGAGGGGUGAGCUCAUUGUACAUUUUCUACUUUAUGACACUCUAAAAGAAUAUAUGUCUUUGAAGGGGCUUUUACUUUUUUUGCUUUAUGUAAUUUGAGAAGAGAUGCUAUGUGAGCCUUCUAUUUUAGAAGUUUGUUGAUUCCUCAAAGGCCAAAGCAGCAUUCAACCCUGUGGGAUUAAUGGUGGUUUAUUCCAAGGACUCUAGGGGCUAACAAAACAUAUGAUAAUAUGUAUGCCUGGCUUGUAUUAUCAUGCUUAAAAUCAUCUUAUUUACGAGGUAGUUGGGAAUAUAUUCAGAGGAUGCUGGUAAAUUGAAUAAGUAGGUGGUUUAGAUGUCAUGGAUGACUUAGAAUUCUGUCUUAUUGAGGUGGGCACUAGGAAAGUUCUUUGCAGUUGAAACUUUAUCUUUCUAUCUAUUAAGAUAAGACUUGGAUGGAUCACUGAUUCACUAUUGUAUAUUUUAAUCUCAAGUGGUUAAUGGGGUUGGGUUGGACAUAGUUGAUGAAAGAGUUGGGAUCACUAAGGCUUAUUGUAGUAAAUUUUUAAGCUGUAUUUAUAAAUUUUAUUUUUAAAGAAUUUUUAGGUGAUUAUAUUCAAGUUAUGUACACAAAUAGCAUUAAAAGCCUGUGGAUAUAUUUGGUGGUGGAACCUGAAGUGUUGAGAAGGUUUUGAAUAAAUAUAGCCACUAGAUAAUAUUUGGAGUUUGCAUGUGAGUCACUGGUAUUGAGGGAAUUUCUUUGGGUUGAAAGUUGAAACAUUACUGAGAUAAAAGAAAGGAAAAUAGAACUUCUUGUGGGGAAUAUCUUAUCUUUAUUUUUAUGGAGGGACUUUAAAUAGAUUGGCUAUGAUCAGUUUUGCUCUUAGACUUAUUUUUUUCUUUUCUCAUCUUUGCAAUAAUAGUUCUCGCUGCUUACAUACUCUUUAUGAAAGAAAUGACAACUUGUUGAUCUUGUAGAUAAUUAUGUUAUCAUCUUGCACACAGGAAUGGCACCAAUCCUUAAAUCUAGUUAAAGAAACUGAUAUGCAUAUUGGCUGCUAAGCAGUGCAAUUUGGAUUUUAUUUUAUUUUUUAUUAGUAGACAUAAACAUGGUUUAAAGUAUGGACUUUAGGUUAUGAUUUUGGAAAAUUUCAUGCAGCCUUAACCAGUAAAGUUCUUUUUUGCAAGGUGUUCCCCGAACAUUACUGUGCUUCAGUGUUAGAGUUCCAUGCAGCCUGAGCCACAAGUAAUAUGGUUGCUAAAGGAAGUGAAAUCAACAAGGUGCAGGGAAUUGACCAAACUGAAGUCUUGUUUAUUUAAAAAGAAUUGUCUGUCUGCAGAUGUGGCUCAUUUUCAGGGCGUUUGAUUUUCUUAUAGAAUGGCGCCUUCAUUCCUAUAUAUCUUCACAGUAGUAUCCUUUCAUCUUGCCAGUGUUCAAUACCGAAAAUUUUCUCUCAUCUGCCUUCUACACCGCCAAGCAGAAACUAGUACGGGAUUUGAAAUUUGAAUUCAGGAAAUGCACAGCCACAUACUACUGGGGGUAUAUAUAUAUAUGUGUGUGUGUCCACUGUCCAGAAGGACCACCCCCCAACCCCACGGUGUCAGCUGUAUUUAAUUUGGUUCCUUAUUGGAGUGUCACAAUGAAGACAGCAAUUUUAGUAUGUAUCAUCAAAGCCCUACUUUACAACAACACUCGAUCCAUUUGUAAUUUUGUGUGUAUAUAUGAAUGUAUGUGUAAAAUCUAGAAUUCAAUGAAGAUUUUGAGUUUGAAUUU